AUGUCUUCCGCCUGCUGGAACGUCUUGAGGUACGUGUUGAAGUUCACGGCCAUUACCUCCGGCACCGCGUCAGAGAAGGGGACUUGCUGCAGCGAACCGUCGCGGGCGAGGAAGCGUCUCAGCAACUCGCGCACAUCAGCGGCGGACUCCGGCCGGCAGCGCGUCAUCCGCACUAGACGCGCGCCACCGCGCAUGCGGCUGAAGCGAGGAACGUACCCAUUCGGGUUGGUCUCUUUGUCGCUAUGCACUCGCGAACGCGGCGCACGCGCCACAAAGUGCUCUGCGGAGUACGCCGCCGCCGUCCGCGCCUCCUCAAUCUCCGAAACCAGCCUCGCGUCUCGGAUUCCAAAUUGCUCCAUGAAGGCGGAAAGAAGCUGCGUCAGCAUCGCGACCUGCUCAACUGUAAUAUCAAAAGUGACGCCGCCGAUCAUCACGUCCGUGGCGCUGUGGAAACACGUUCGAAGUGGCAGAGGGCCAAAAUGCCGGAUUAUGCCGACUGCAACGUCGCCGCAGCAAAGGUACGACCCUUCAGCAAGCGUCUCACCGUCUCGGUUCAAAAAACCGCCAGAGAUAGGCGUCAGCGAGAGGGAUAUAUCGGUUGCGGCGCACAACUUAAUGAGGGCGAAUUCAAACCUUCCGCAGCAGAGAUUGAUUUGGGGCGACUUCUGGUUGCCUGCGCGCAAUGUGGCGUCCAUGUCUAAAAUACAGAGUGACAGAUUGAUUUCUAGUUCAUUACUGCGCGGCUCAUUUUUAUGCAGGAAUGUGUUGAACCCUUGUCGGACAUUCUUUGGCGCAUCCAACUUGGGCUGGAUCUUUGAGAGUGGCCAGAAGAGUUCAUCGGGGCGAAUCACACAAACCGAGCUUCCUAAAAUAUUCUCAUGCGUGUCCAGUAUGGUGCAGAUAUGCGGCGUCGUGGCGAAUCCCCGAAGGCCCACCAGUUGA